UCUAUAAAGGUGACGCGAUGUUCUUUCCAUCUGUUUAUGUGUAUUUUAAUUGAAAUAAAUUUUAGUUUUAAGUAUAGUUUUCAUUUUAGUUGAUAAAAAUUAGCCUUUAUAAUGUCAUAAAAUUUCUAUAUAAUCAGAUAAUAGUUGACCUUUUUAUUAAAGUACUGAUUUAAACAUCCAGUGUCAGAAAGCAAUAACAGAGGAAACAUGUCUGUAACACAGAGAUCAGAAAACUCAAAAUUGGAACUGCAUAAUGGAGUGAAGAUCAAAGAUGAAAUAAUUGAUGAAAAUGAAGUGGGAAAAAGUAAAAGCAAUGAAAUAGCAAUACAAAAUGUGAAAAUCGAAGCUGUGAAAGUAGAAAUAGAUGAUAAUGGUGUGCCUGUGCAGGACGAAAAGGAAAUUUAUAAAACAAACAAGACUAUCAAAAUGGAAACUGAUAAAUGUGAACACUUGCAACAAAAUGACAUGAUGGGAGAGGCUUUAAACAAAAAUAUAGAUGUAACUUUAAAUCACAGAACUGAUGUGGCAAAAACAAAUAAAAUUUGCUUUCUACAAAUUAAACAAGAAAAAGAGGAAUAUGUAUUUGAAGAAUUUCAUUAUCAGUCAAAUGCUUUUCAAAUUUCUGAUCUUCUAAAUACAAAUGCAAAUUUCAAAGCAGAAGUUAAAGAUGAACCCGAAGAAGUAGGCAAUGAUGAUGUUAAUAAUUCAAACAGUGAUGAUUCAACUGAUGAGGAUAGUUCCGUAGAGGAUAUAGAGUCUGAGUAUUUCGCAAAGUUAUACAAAUGCCGACGAUGCGAGUUCGAAUCUACACAUAGAGAAUACAAGCAACAUGUAAUGGAAUGUGAAGCAAUAAAACAAUAUAAAAUGAGUCAUCAGAAAAAAAUAUAUAAAUGCAAUCAAUGUAAUUUCGAAGGGGUGCACAAGAAAUAUAAACAGCAUAUACAGAAGUGCAAAGCGGCGAAAUAUAAGAGAAAUCGUAGCGGCAAACUGUACCAAUGUGUGCGUUGCGAAUUCGAGGGUAACAGUAAAGAAUAUAAAGUACAUAUGGAGGAACAUAGCGAAUUUAAGAGGAGACACAUAAAUAUUAUGGACUAUGACAAAUUCCGGUGUACUAGAUGUUGUAAAGACUAUUCGCAAUUGAAAAAGUACCUUAUGCACUUAUACAAAGAGCAUGCAAUUGAAAAAUUAACGUGUCCAGAGUGUAACAAGAGGUAUAUAAAUUAUACUGUACUGAUAAUCCAUUUAAAGUCGCAUAUAAAACAAACCUUCAUUCCAGUUAGAGUGAUUAACAAAGAUAUCACAUCAGGUCAGAAGUAUAGGUGCAGGAAGUGUAAGAACGUGGUGGGACUUGACUUCAAUUUCUUCUUGCACUGGGAAUCGCAUCUUGACAUAUUCGGCGAAGGUAGUCAACUAAUGAAGUGAACAGUUAUUGUCAUCAAUAAAUAAAUGAUGACUCUUCACUAUUAAAAAGAUGAGUGGCAUAGACACUUUUAAGCAUGAACUGUGCCCACUCCAGAAUUGUUUGGUGUCCAUCUGUGAAGGAUCUGUGAAGUGUUUCCAAAUUAUAUAUAUAUAUAUAUAUUCUUUAUUGCACUAAAACAUACAGUAACAACAAUAAGUUAAUAACAAUGUUAGCAAAGGUGAACUUAUCUCUAAGUUUAAGAGAUCUCUUCCAGUCAACCUAAUGCAGUGGCAUAGGAAGUAGUGAGUGGGCAGUAGUAGUGCAAGACAGAAAUUAAAAUAAAUAUUUACAUAAAUUAUGUGUAAAGACAUAGUACUAAGAAUAUGUAGGCUUUUUUAAGGGACCAGGCCCCACCUCCUCUAGGAGGUAAUCUUAAAUAUGUUAACCCUUCGUUGCAUAAUGGUGGAAAUUUCCAUCAUAACAUUGAACACCCAAAAAUUAUAUAUUAUUAUUAUUAUAUUUUUAUUAUAUAUAAAAGAACAUUUUCACUUUAAGUUGAUCAUGUCUGGAUACCUUUUUAAUGUCCAUUGCAGAAAAAAACAUAGCUGUCAAAUUUAUUUUUUUUACCAUUUUUCCUUUAGUUUUGAACAUGAAUUUGAUCACUUUGAUUUAUUUGACCAAUAAAAAAAAUCAUGCAAAGAAGGAUUAAUAAUGGUAAAAUAAAUGGGUCUAUUAAUAUGUAGUUAGGUGUUCUCGAGCUUUAUAACAAUUAUUCAUGCAUCUUCUUACACUUUGAUGAGGAGAUUUGAUGAUAUUUUAAGUAUUAUAAAAGAACUUUCUUGAGUAACAGAACUCUAUUGUAUAACACUUGAGUCCUCAGGAAUGGCAACGCAUGGGGGGUAUCGUGGGCGAAACAGUAUACUCUGUUAUGUCCAUGGUACUGCUCAUGUCUAUUGGUGACGGUUACCACUUUCUAUCAGGUGGGCCGACAGCUUGUUUGCCAUUCUGAGUUGCAUAAGAGUAAAAUUUUUGGAGUAAAAGUACACAUAACUGGUACUUUCUCAGAAUAAAAUUUUUUUACUGCAUCAAAUGUAUUCUAAUAUAUUUUUUCUACGUUUUUUUUUUUUUUGUGAUUACUCACUUGCACCGUGCUAUAUUGAGAAGUAUAUCAGUAGCUUUUUUUUUUAAAUGGAUCAUAAUGAAAUGGUAACCCCACCCGCGCUAUCGGUAUACACCGGCGGGGUACCAGAGAAGAAUGAUACGUGAGGAUGAAGCAUGUCAGUUAGCCCAUCGUGACGAAUUCAACAAGAAUUGUUCACGAUGGUUUCCUGGGGGAACCAUGGAGGUCGACCUAAUAAGGUAUAUUGCUAGCAAUGGGGCUGUCUAACUCCAUUGCUAACAAUCCUUUUUUCCCCCAGUAUAUCAGUAGUUCAUAACACUGGCUCCUGUCAAGUAUUUUUUUCUUAAUGAUAGUCCUUAAAGAAUGGUAAUGCAUAAGAGAUUUAUGGAUGAAAAUGAAAUAGUAACCCUGAACUAUCGAUGUACACUAGUGCUCACUGGUGAGGUCUGUUGGCCAAUUGUGAUAAUUUCAUAAUUACCACGAUGGUUUCCAGGGGAAACCGUGGAGAUCGAUCUGAUAGGGUAUAUUAAUAGUCAUGGAUGUAAAGAAUGCUACUGCCUUUUGUAGCAUAUUCUUAAAUGCAAUUUUUUUUUUAUUAUUUCCGAGCCAGUUGUAGUUAGAAACAUUAGGUGCAUUUUACAUUUUCCAUCUCUGGAAAAAUUACGUGUCAUGUAAUGUCAGGGAGGUCACAGAUAUGGCCUGCAAUAAAACUGGCUGGAAAGUUAUAACGGGGCUGUUAGAUCCCAUUACUAACAAUCCCUUUCUCCCAAAGCAUAAGGGGUACCAUGGGCGUUACUGUGUAUUCUGCAAUAUCCAUGGUGCUAUUAAUGUCUAGCCGAACAUAACCAGCUUCUAUCCAAUGACCGUUAAUUUGUUUUUUUAUUUCAAAUUUUUUUUUGAUAAUUAAAAAGUAAAAAUUAUAACUUUUUGAUCCGGCAAACAUUGUUUUGUCAUAUAAAUUAAGGAUAGGGAUGUCCCUGUCCUAGGUGAUUAGGAUGUCCUAAUCACCUAACAGUAUGAAAUAUACUAUACAACCUAUUUUCAUAUUUAUCAAAUAUACAUAAAAAAAUUCAUAAAAAUCGGUCGAACCCUUUUAGAGGAGUGCGACCACAAACACUGUGACAUGAGAUUUCUAUAUAUAUAUAUUUAUAUUACUACUAUAUUUAAAUGAAUGCUGACUGAAAUAAAAGAUCUUGAGAAAUUAAAUUGUAUUAAAUUAAAUUUUUGUUAAAUUAUGUUGCUGGCGGAACGAUUGAGAAUUUACUUAUGUAGUAUACAUACAUGUUUUUUUUUCAUAUUUUAAGAUGUCUCAAUAAAAAAUAUAAGUUGUAGAAAUGUC